AUGUCGUCCGGAAAGACUUUCACGCUCAACACUGGCCACAAGAUCCCUCAGCUGGGUUAUGGCACAUGGCAAGCCGCUCCUGGUGAGGUCGGCAACGGUGUCUACGAGGCUUUGAAGAUCGGUUACAGACAUCUCGAUCUCGCCAAGAUCUACGAGAACCAAAAAGAGGUCGCAGAAGGCAUCAAGCGUGCCUUCAAGGACGUUCCCGGCCUCAAGCGUGAGGACAUCUUCAUCACCUCUAAGCUCUGGAACACCCAGCAUAACCCUGAGCACGUCGAGGCUGCUCUCGAUGACACACUUGCCGAGCUUGAGCUUGAGUACCUCGACCUCUACCUUAUCCACUGGCCUGUCAACUUUGGUCCUGGCAAGGACCCUCACUCUGAUCUCUUCCCUGCGACUGCCGACGCCAACGAGGUCAACAUCGACAACUCAGUGCCAAACAGCGAGACAUGGAAGGCUGUGAACAAGCUCCCCAAGAGCAAGGUUCGGUCUGUUGGUGUAUCCAACUUUACAUACCAGAACCUCAAGGCUCUGGUUGAACAGACCGGUCUCGUUCCCGCCGUAAACCAGAUCGAGCGCCACCCCAUCCUUCCUAGCAAGGAGCUUAUUGCGUACGCUAAGGAACAGAACAUCCACAUCACCGCAUACUCUGCCUUCGGCAAUAACUUCUUCGACAUUCCUCUUCUCAUCACUCGUCCUGAGGUCAAGGCCAUUGCUGAGAAGAAGGGUGCCACACCAGCUCAGGUCAUCCUCGCUUGGAGUCAGGUCGGCGGCCACUCCGUUAUUCCCAAGUCAGUUACUCCUUCCAGGAUCGCCGAGAACUUCAAGGAGAUCGAGCUUGAUGAGGAGGACGUUGCCGCCAUUCAGAAGUUCUCCGACGAGCACCAGGGUCGCAGGAGGUACAACGUGCCAUACACUGCCAACAAGCCUCGCUGGAGCAUCAACAUCUUCAACGAGCCUGAGGAGCAAGAGGCCCCCAACAAGGUCGUACUAUAG